AUGGCAGAAGUAGAGAUGAGUGAAAGCAUGGAAGAGAAUUUGAUCGAUUCCGUCAACGUCCUUGCCGGAAGGAUGGAAGACCUGUUGCUUUCUAAAUCCGGGCAGCAGCCGGAUAUCGGCCCAGAGAAUCCGGUCGAUUCCUCCUUCAUUAAUAAAAAGAAGAAGAAGAGAAUGAAGAAACAGUUGACUGGUCAUCAACUGCAUGAUCAUAAGGAAUACGAAGAUCUUAUUCGCCGCGUAUACAAUCUCCUCUACCAAAGAAAUCCUGGGCUCAUAAGGCGGCAAAGGACAGUGAUGAAUCCUCCAGAGCUUCUUCGCGGAGCGAAAAAGACGGUUUUCGUGAACUUCAUGAACACCUGCGCGAGGAUGUGUAGAGAGCCUCAACAUGUUAUGAAUUUCCUGUUAACAGAAUUGGGAACAAACGGUUCAAUCGAUGGACAGCAAAGGCUGGUUGUGGAAGGGAGAUUUGUGACUAAACAUUUUGAGUUUCUGUUGAGGAAAUAUCACAACGAAUUCGUGGUGUGUGAUGGUUGCAAAAGUAGGGACACGAUCCUUUCAAAAUCGAAGGAGAACCGGAUCGUGUUUCUUGAGUGUCAAGAUUGUGGUUCUGUCAGAUCCGUCGCGCCGAUUAAGGUUGGUUUUGUUGCUCGUGUUGGUCGCAGGAAAGCUGCUAGCUAG